AUGGCCCAAGCUUCUUUCACCUUGGUUGCAAAUUGCAUGUGGUGUGGAAGGCUACCACCACAAAUUUCAAUCAUUCACUUCAUCCUUUUGAAGAUUCCAAGAGGAAAUGGAUGGUGUAGUAUUCCACUCGAUAUAGUACCUGUGUUACUCGAGUACUUAUUGUUCUCUACCUUCUUCUUCUCUUCGUUUGGUUCAGCAAGGUUGAAUCUGAAGGAUCCACACGUGAAAAAGAAAAGUUCUUAUAUGGGUGAUAAAAGAAUUCCAUUUUUGGAAAAAGAAAUACAAGAUCUAUUCGUUUCUGUUGCUGGAUGCCAUCGACCAAAUCUUGAAUCGUCUCAAAGUACUCGUUCCCCAUACGUACAGACACGACAACAGAAAGAGAAAAAUCGUCGAUCUUUAGAAGGUAUACUACCUCCACCAGCACCUCUUCCAUUACCUCAUCCUGAGACAUCAUUUUGUCACUCAAAUUCUGGAAGACGUCUCCAGGUGAUUAUCAGACAAGGACCUGGUGUUGUCUUGAGCAGCGCAGUUCAUUUUGAAAUUGGUGCCAGAGAGAGACCAAUAUCACCUCCAUUAAAAACGCGACUGGCACGAACUCUAGUUCAAGAAUUCUCCGGUCUGUUGGUGCUUUCAAAGAAGUCAAACAGGCCUCUUGACAUAGAAUUCAAUCAGUGA